UAUGAAAUAGUAGGUUGGUAUGCAGUUUUUACGUCUAGUAUUUUUAACCUAACCUAGCCUGCAAAAAAGAAAACUACACGAAAGAUCGUUAUAAUUGAUUUAAUAAAAUAUUGACACUGAGUAUGAUGUCGACAGUUGAAGUCAUAUUUCGCGUUGGAAGAUAUAUAAAUAAUUACAAUAUAAUAGUUAAUGGAUUUCAUCAAUCUUGUGUGCAACAUUUAAAUCAAAGAUGGAGAGCGAAGCGUGGAUUAACAGUUAAUCCAAAUUCUUAUGGUCCACUGACAAAUUUACCAGAUUAUACAUUUAAAAUAGGGAAGCCUGUGCCCCUUGGAGUAAGACAGAAAAUACGAUUAGAUAAGCAACGAGAAUAUGCGGCAAAAAUUAUCAAAUUGGUAAAAGAAAUAGAUUUUGCUGUUGAAAGACAUGCUAAAAUGCAGGAAGAGGAAGACCAAAGAAGACAGCAAAUUUUAGACAGUAAAUUGAAACCUAAAGGAGAUUUAUUACUUCAGAAACAAGUAGAAGAGAUACAAAAAUAGUUAUUUUGUAAGUAAAAAACAGCAUAUUUAAAUAAAUAUUAUUGUAUAUAAA